CUGGGCUCAGGCCCGGCAGCAGGAAGUGACUCGCAGCCGCUGCGGGGACUCUGGCUCCCAGGGGGGCCCCGCUCGGAGGGAAGAUGCCGGUGACCUUUGAGGAGGUGGCCGUGUAUUUCACCCAGGGGCAGGGGGCUCUGCUGGACCCCACUCAGAGAGCCCUCUACAGGGAUGUCAUGCGGGAGAACUACGAGAUGGUGACCUCGCUGGGAUUUCCCCUUUCCAAACCUGACCUGAUCACCCGGUUGGAACGAGGGGAAGAGCCGUGGGUGCCCGAUCUCCAGGCCUGUGAGGAAAGUGAUAUCCCGAGAGGCGCCCACACAGCAGGUGACGAGAGAGUGAGUGAGAACGAGGAGUGGAAUCAACAGCAGGAAGUUCCUGGACACGGGGAAUCACAGGGGACCUCUGUGGGAAGAACCCAUAAGUGCUUAGACUGUGGAAAAAGUUUCAUACGGAGGUCAACCCUACUUGAUCAUCAGGCAAUCCACACAGGAGAGAAAUCCCAUAAAUGUUUGGACUGUGGGAAAAGUUUCACACAAAGAUCAAAUCUUAUGGCACAUCAGGCAAUCCACACUGGAGAGAGAAGCAACAAGUGCUUAGAGUGUGGGAAAAGUUUCACAUGGAGGUCAAACCUUGUUAACCAUCAAACAAUCCACACUGGAGAGAGACCCCAUAAGUGCUUAAUCUGUGGGAAAAGUUUCACAUGGAGGUCAAACCUUAUUGCACAUCAGGCAAUCCACACAAGAGAGAGAAGCAACAAGUGCUUAGAGUGUGGGAAAAGUUUCAUACGGAGAUCAACCCUACUUAAUCAUCAGGCAGUCCACACUGGAGAGAGACCUCAUAAGUGCUUAGACUGUGGGAAAAGUUUCAUACGGAGGUCAGACCUUGUUAAACAUCAAGUAGUCCACACCAGAGAGAGAUCCCAUAAGUGCUUAGUCUGUGGGAAAAGUUCCAUACGGAGGUCAACCCUUGUUAAACAUCAGAUAAUCCACACAGGAGAGAAAUCCCAUAAAUGUUUGGACUGUGGGAAAAGUUUCGUACAAAGAUCAAAUCUUAUGGCACAUCAGGCAAUCCACACAGGAGAGAGACCCCACAAGUGCUUAGACUGUGGAAAAGGUUUCAUACAGAGGUCAAACCUCGUUAGACAUCAGGCAAUCCAUACAGGAGAGAGACCCCACAAGUGCUUAGACUGUGGAAAAGGUUUCACACAGAGGUCCGGCCUUGUUAAACAUCAAGCAAUCCAUACAAGAGGGAAAUAUUAACAUUUAGAUUAAACUUGGGUGUAAUAAUGUCAUUGUAUAUAUCUCUCUCUUUAAAGUUUGUGGUAAACUGUUUAUGAAUGGCUCUAUGGAUAAUUACCUUAUGUUAAUCCAUGUAGUUUUAUUACCUGUGAUGUUUGUGAAGUAGGAGGUUACUUCCAAAACCUAUUGUUCCCCCAAGGACUGCCUGCUGACGAGAGGCUGCAAAAAUGUCUAUAUAAACUCUUGGGACCUGAUCCUUUUAUCUCUGAUCUUCUUAAGCUUUAUUCAGGGCGAGUUUGAGUCGUAAGACUGAGAUCUCCAGUCCCCUCUGGACUGCCCUGAUAUUGAGCAUUUGGACAUUGGACUAGAACGUGAUGAAAUGAUUCUGAAAAAGACUCUCUUCAAUUCUAACGUGCCAUCUCUAUGGUGAAACUGACCUAAGGACUCUAUUCGCGUUUGUAUGUCUAAUGAUCUUUUAGCUAAUACUGUCUUUUCUUCUUUUAAUAAAUCGUAGUUUCGUUAA